AUGGGAGUCGAAAAUAUUGAAUAUAAUGCCGAUGAGCUCCAGGCGCCUGCUUGGCUGAAUGCUCAGUUCAUCGGUGGAAUUUUAAGUGUCUAUGAAAGUGUUCCGGAUCUUAAGGUGACAAAUCUGGAGAUCACACCGGCCAGUGCGCAGGGAGAUCACUAUGCCAGUGUUAUGUUCCGCACCAAAGUGGAGUACACAAGUUCGAAGGGAAAGUUUACCAAACCGCUGAUCAUCAAAACGAUGCCAGAGCAGGACGGUCACAAAAAGGAGUUGUUGGCUGAGUCUCAUCUCUUCGAAACUGAGAUUGGAAUGUACUGCCAUGCCCUUCCAGAGUUCGAGAGGAUUCUCCGGGAAGCAGGAGAUGAUACUAAGCUUUUUGUGCCCUGUAUUUAUCACAGCCUAACGCCGCGAAAAGUGUUGAUAUUCGAGGAUCUGGUGCCGCAGGGAUAUACCGUCAUUCGGAAUAGUCCUCCCUCGGAUGGGGAUUUAAAGUUGGCCUACACCAAACUGGCCAAAUGGCAUGCAGUCAGCAUGAAAUUGAUCAAUGAGCAACCGAAUUUCCUGAAGGAGUACAAGUAUGGCUUCUUUGAAAUGCCAACGGUCCAAGCUGAUCCUUUCAUAACUACUGCCAUGGGUAGUUUCAUUAAAGUUCUGGAUAAAAUCCCAGAAUUGAGGAAAUAUAAGCCUCAUUUCGAAAAGAUUAAAGAUAAUUACAUGGAGCGUCUGCAGGUUGAGAUGCAUGAGUACCAUAAAUAUCGGCGGAAUGAUCGGUACUAUGUCCUGUGCCACGGCGACUUUCAUCUUCGCAAUAUGAUGUUUAGGCAUAACAAGAAGUUGGGUGCCAACGAUGACGUUAUGCUGGUGGAUUUCCAGUUCUGCAACCUGGUACCCAUCACCAUUGACCUAACUUACUCCAUCUAUAUGUUGAUGGAGCCGCAACACCGCCGGGAGAUGGGUAUAAGCCUGAUCAACGACUAUUUCUCGGUUUUGCUUGAGACUCUUAAAAAGAUUGGUUACAAGGGGGAGAUGCCUACCCAAAAUGGACUGUGGUCUCAAAUACAACACAACAAGUAUUAUGAUUUCUUUAUGAUAACCACAUUGCUGCCACUGAUGUUGGGCGUUAAAAACAAUACUCUGAAAAUGCAUGAAGCUCUUCAAAAUCCAGAGGCUCGCCUAAAGUCCUACUUUUUUGACUCUUAUGUCAAAGAGGUUUCUGAACUGUUGCCAAAAUAUGAAAAACUUGGUUACUUUAAUGAUCUGUAAUUUAUUACUUUUAAGACAGUAAACUGUUAUAUGACUUUAAUUAAAAACUCUAUAGCCUUAUAUAAAUUGGAAUUGAAGUAAAUAGUUAUAACACUUAAUAAAAUAUCUAUAGAACUGGAAA